UUCUCUUUGCUUUUCUUUCCUUUUCUCCUCAAAUCCAAACAGCUAAGUAACCGUUCAAUGAGCUUGGGAGCCGCGCUUGCCAUUUCGCUAAAACCAAGAUGGCGGACGAUGUGAACUUUGAAGCUCGGUCGCCAUCAAGCACAGAAAACUCUCUACCGACGCUUUCAAAUCAAAUUGGAUGGGUAACAUUUGACGAAAUGGACAACAAGGAUUCGAUAUACAACAACUGCAUGGAUGAAGAAAAGAUUUCUGUGGGAAAUCAGCCGUAUAUUUCCCGUUUAGAAAAGGAACUUGAAAGACUGCAAGAGAAGAAAAGAAAACCUCUUUCUUCGAAAGACAUGAUAAAGACUUUACAAGAAGCCAAAGACAGUCACAUGAAACAAUUGAUGGAUAGCACUGAACAAUCAGAGGCAUUUCUAACAGACGAGUGUGAAAGAAAUCAAAUCUCUUGCUGUUUUCCGUUAUAUAGAACAAUUUUUCCAAAGCAGCCUAUGACCAAUGAAGAGCGUGAAUGUUUGGUGCAGGAAGAAAAAGACUAAAGCAAUGAGGAUCAGUAACCUGUGAACUAAAAACCUUAUUAUCAUGGAAAUGUAUGUAAACAAGGGACAUCCUUGUAAUCAUGGCUAGAAGGACGAGCCCUUGGUAUUCAUGGUGAAAGCAAGUUGCUUCAAUCGCCUUCUCAAGAAAAAUUGAUGGAGCUGUUGGCUGUAAGCAGGUUGAAUCCCUUGUUGGUGAUUUAGUUUUCUAAUUAAGAGCAAACAUUCCAAAAGUGCUCAAGGAUUAUCUGUAAUAAGUAAAUAACAGAAUGCUAGAUCAGUUUUCAAAAAAGAAAAAAAAGAAAAUUGCGACAAUGUUGCAUUGUUAUCUAUUAUAAGUAAACAACAGUAUGUUAUAUUUAAUUAGACAUUAGUACUAGUCUCAAGAUAGCCUAGUUCUUGAAGAGGAAAGGCAAUCCCAAAAAUAAAACUUGAGACUGCUAGGCUGUCACAUUUUUUGUUUUCCCUUGCACAAGUCGAUAACGCUAAUCUGCAGUUCCAGGUCACUUUGUUGUGUUCCACCACAGUAUUUGGAAAAAAGAACCUCCUUUGCAAUCUUUAGUACACAUGACGGUAUGCAAAUUAUUUGUUCUGCUUUUACAAAAUCUUAGUCUAAAGAAACAAGAGUGCAACAACAAACAAGCAAUAACUUAACAACUGCGUAGAGAAAGAAUUUUCUGGGCAUCUCUCGUUGUCCUAGUUUCAGCAAAGGUGCAUUUUUUAACCUCAAUCCCAGAGGGGGGCAAAGGGUUUUUACAUGACGCAUGAUUAGCAGCGUGAUGCAUGAUUGAGACCAAAUUAGCCGUGUAACGCGGGACAGGACAUCAUAACGUGAUGCGUGAUUUGCUAUUUUACAAGCCCGUGAAGCGUGAUUUACCAGUUAGAUUUCCAUGAUAAGUGAACGUUCUUUGAACAAGAAGGAUACCAUUCAUUAAAAGUAAAUAAUAUAUAGAGUCUUAAAGAAGAUAAAUUAAUCGUGGCAGA